UCCACGAACUACUGAUUGAAGAGCGGGAUUUUUAUGUUUACUAGUUUUUAUAUACUGUUCUGACACUCGGACUCUAAGGCAUCUAUUUCCAGUGGUAGACAUGACGGAUAUAAAAAGGCUCCGGGACUGCAACUGGCGAGUCCUGUUCUGCUUUGUAUUUUUUACCGUUUGGGAGGCAGUUUCUGGGCACAUUCGCUAUUCCAUUCCGGAGGAAAUGCAGAAAGGCUCUUUCGUGGGGAAUAUCGUUCAGGAUCUAGGGCUCGAUACAAAGGAGUUUUCAGACCGCGGUGUCCGCAUUGUUUCCAGAGGUAGGACUCAGUAUUUUGCUUUGAAUGUUAAAAGCGGUUAUUUAUGCCCCACAGAAAGGAUUGACAGAGAGCAGAUCUGUGGCCAAAUGGAGAAAUGUCUGUUACAUUUUGAGGUUCUCGUUAAGGAUAAAGCUAAACUUUUCCCAGUUGAAGUUGAAAUCACUGAUAUUAAUGACAAUGCGCCCCGCUUCCAGGAAGAUGAAUUGGAAUUUAGAAUCAGUGAGUUAGCCGCUGUGGGAACCCGAUAUUCUCUUGAGGGGGCGCAGGAUGCAGAUGUGGGAACCAAUUCUGUGCAGGGCUAUUAUCUCAGCAGUAACAAACACUUCUCUCUGGAUGUGCAAACGGGAGCUGACGGGGACAAAUAUGCCGAACUGGUGCUGGAAAAUUCUCUAGACCGGGAAGAACAAGCUGUUCACGAUCUAAUCCUCACAGCCACUGACGGGGGAGAUCCAGUCAGGCACGGCACUGCGCAGAUCCGUGUUAUCGUCCUUGACGCAAAUGACAAUGCACCAGUUUUCAGUCAGCCUGUCUAUAAAGUGAGUGUUUUGGAAAAUGUACCCGUCGGGUCUCUGCUGCUGACAGUAAACGCCACAGAUCCCGACGAAGCGAUAAAUUCGGAGGUCACAUAUUCACUCCGGAAGAUGAAAGACAAAGCGUCUCAGAUAUUCCAGGUGGAUUCUAAAACGGGAGAAAUAUCAACUGUGGGAAACCUGGACUAUGAGGAAGCUGCAUUAUAUGAAAUGGAGAUUCAAGCCAAAGACGUUGGAGACCUCUCGGCCAGAUCUAAAGUCCUGGUUACUGUGAUUGAUGUUAAUGAUAAUGAGCCUCAAAUUACAGUCACCUCACUCACCAACUCUGUGAGCGAAGACAGCCCACCGGGAACUGUAAUCGCCUUUAUAAAUUUACAUGAUCUGGAUUCUGGAGAGAAUGGUGUUGUCAUAUGUUCUAUACCACCCAACCUGCCAUUCAGGUUACAGAAAUCAUUUGACAAUUAUUACAGUUUGGUGAGUGACAGAGCAUUGGACAGGGAGCGGGUCUCCGAUUACAAUAUAAGUACCACAGCCACAGACCGAGGGACUCCUCCUUUAUCAUCAACAACAACUAUUUUAGUACAUCUUUCAGACAUAAACGACAACGCUCCUAUUUUCAACCAGACAUCCUACACUUUGUACAUCACAGAGAACAAUCCCAGAGGAACUUCCGUUUCUUUCCCGAAAGCGAAUGAUCCUGACUGUGGGGAGAACGCCCGAGUCACCUACUCUGUUACCGAGGGUCAGAUCCAGGAAUCUCCGCUCUCCUCCUACAUCUCCAUUAACUCCGAGACUGGGGCUCUCUACGCUCUGCGCUCCUUCGAUUACGAACAGUUCCGGGAGAUUCGGUUCCAAGUGCAGGCUCAGGAUGGGGGUUCCCCACCUCUCAGCAGUAAUGUCUCCGUCACUCUCUUUAUCCUGGAUCAGAAUGACAACAGCCCGCACAUCUUACAUCCCUCCUUUCCCACCGAUGGCUCCACGGGAGUGGAGUUGGCCCCUCGCUCCUCCGAGCCGGGUUACCUGGUCACUAAGGUGGUGGCGGUGGAUGCAGACUCCGGGCAGAACGCCUGGCUCUCCUACCAGCUGCUGAAGGCUACAGAGCCGGGGCUCUUUUCUGUGGGACUCCACAGCGGCGAGAUCAGGACAGCGCGCUACUUUCUCGACAAAGAUGCGCUCAAGCAAAGUCUGGUGGUUUUAGUGAAGGACAACGGGCAGCCCCCUCUCUCUGCCACGGCCACUGUCACGGUGGUGAUGGCUGACAGCAUCCCCGACAUCCUCUCCGAUUUAAGCAGCCUCUCAGCUCCUACAGACCCCCAGUCCAGCCUCACCUUGUAUUUGGUGAUCGCUGUGGCUUCCGUUUCCUGCUUGUUCUUUAUCUUUAUCAUAGUGUUACUGGCCCUGAGGCUCCGCAGGUGGAGAAACUCGCAGCUGUUUGACUCCUCGAGUGUGACUUUCAGUGGAGUUCCCGUCUCGCAGUUUGUGGGGCUCGAUGGAGUCAGAGCUUUUCUUCACUCCUACUCACAUGAGGUUUCUCUAACCACGGACUCCAGAAAGAGCCAAUUCAACUUUCCCAAAUCAAACUAUUCAAAUACUCUGACCAGUCAGCAGACCUGUGAGAUAAAUGAUUCUGUGUCAAUAUCGGGAGAUUUAAAGAAUGGCGAUGGUGAGAAGAAAUUUGUUCAAGUGAUGCAAGCGAGUGAGAUGGAAACCGGACACAUACAGACCGAAUGGGCAGUCACACGGCAGGUACUGUUGUUUCCUUUCUUAUUCUCUUUGUUCUGCCGGGCCGUCUCGGAGCAGAUUCGUUAUUCGAUUCCUGAGGAAAUGUCCAAAGGUUCCCUUGUGGGGAAUCUCGCUAAGGAUUUGGGGUUGGAUGUCAGAGAACUGCCGCAGCGGAAGCUCCGUGUCAGUUCGGAAAAGCAAUACUUCAGUGUGAAUGGGGAAAAUGGCAACCUGUAUGUGAAUGACAGGAUAGACCGGGAGGAGAUAUGCGGGGAGACACCCCUUUGUGUCCUGGCAUUCGAAACGGUGGUUAAAAAUCCUUUAAAUAUUUACCUCGUGAAUGUCGCAAUCCAGGACAUUAAUGAUAAUGCCCCGUGGUUCAUAAAGAGUGACAUUGAUCUAGAAAUCAGCGAAUCAGCACUGCCGGGUGCGAGAUUUCGACUAGAAUCUGCGCAAGAUCCGGAUUCUGGGAUCAACUCACUGCAGAAUUACCAACUCAAUAAAAACCCCUCCUUUACACUGGCAGUGAAAGAGAGCCCAGAUGGCAAAAAGCAAGCAGAAUUAGUCUUAGAAAAGUCUUUGGAUCGGGAGGAGGAAAGUUCCCACCAGUUAAUCCUGACGGCUCUGGAUGGGGGAGAUCCAGUCAGAUCUGGGACAGCUAAAGUUAGGAUUAAAAUUACUGACGCCAAUGACAACCCCCCUGUAUUCACUGAACAGAUCUACAAAGUCAGCCUGAGGGAAAAUCUACCAAAGGGCUCCUUAGUGUUUCAAGUGAAAGCCAGUGACAAAGACGAAGGUUUAAAUGGCCAUAUAUCAUACUUUUUCGACAGCAUACCGGAAAACACCCGCAAAUUAUUCCAUUUGGACCCUGAGAAUGGAGAAAUUACAAAUACAGCGAUCCUGGAUUUUGAAGAGAAAAAUGAAUACAUCAUGGAAUUGGAAGCCAGGGAUGGAGGUGGGCUGACCGAUCACUGCAAAGUUCAUAUAGAAGUACUGGAUGAGAACGACAACGCCCCGGAAGUGACGAUUUUAUCAGUAUCCAGUCCUUUUUCCGAAGACUCACCGCCAGGAACAGUGAUAGUUCUGAUCAAAGCUCUUGAUCCAGAUGCCGGACAAAAUGGAGAACUUAGUUGUAGUAUUCAACACAACUUGCCUUUUAAAAUAAUAUCAUCUUCUAUUAAUUACUACAAGCUCCUCACAGACAGCACGCUGGACAGGGAGAGAACUUCGGAGUACAAUAUCACAAUCACAGCCACAGACAAAGGCUCUCCCCCCCUCUCCACCCAGAAAACCAUCCUGUUGCAGAUCUCGGAUAUCAAUGACAACGCCCCUGUCUUUCAAAAACCUUUCUACAGCGCCUAUGUGCCAGAGAACAAUCCCUCGGGGGCCUCUAUUUUCAGUGUAGCAGCCUCAGACCGGGAUCUGGACCGGAACGCCCGACUCACUUACUCCAUCUUGAGCAGCAACCUCGAGGAGCUGCCUCUCUCCUCCUACAUCUCCAUUAACUCCCAGACCGGAGCUAUCUAUGCCCAGCGCUCCUUCGACUACGAGCAAUUCCGGGAGUUUGAAGUGCAAGUGAAGGCCCGAGAUGGCGGGUCCCCGCCUCUCAGCAGCAAUGUCACCGUCAGGGUGUUUAUUCUGGAUCAGAAUGAUAACGCCCCUCGCAUCUUGUACCCUUCCCUGGGAGCCGAUGGCUCCGCCUUGUUCGAGAUGGUCCCUCGCUCGGCCGAGGCAGGUUAUCUGGUGACUAAGGUGGUGGCGGUGGAUGCUGACUCAGGACACAAUGCCUGGCUCUCCUACCAUCUGCUCCAGGCCACGGAACCGACGCUUUUCAGCAUGGGGCUGCAUACCGGGGAGAUCCGGACAGCCCGCGCCUUUGCGGAGAGAGAUGCUGUGAAGCACAGGCUGGUCACCCUGGUGAAGGAUAACGGGCAGCCGCCUCUCUCUGCCACAGUGACUCUCAACCUGGUGUUUGCUGAGAACUUCCAAGAGGCUCUUCCGGAAAUGAGUGACCAAUCGGGUGACUCGGCACCUCAGUCUGAUUUACAGUUUUACUUGGUGUUGGCUUUAGCCUUCAUCUCAUUUUUAUUUCUAAUUACAAUUAUAGUGGCGAUAGCCAUGAAAGUUAGAAGUUCAAAAAGCUCCUCUAUUCAGUAUGUCAGGCCUGCGCUUUAUUCCAAGGCUGAUCCCAGAUUCCUACCAGAUUACGAAAACGGGACUUUGUCGUAUUCCUAUAAUUUGUGUUUGGCUACAGACUGUGGGCAAAAUGGAUUUAACUUGCUUAAAAGUAGCGACCAGAACAUUACAGCUGAGAAUAUCCUUUGCAAUGACAACUCUGGGAUUUUAGUUGUGAAUAAUUCUGGUUCUGAAGCACCCAAAUCCGCGUCCGAAACUCUUCUCAAGCAAGCACAGCCUAACCCGGACUGGCGUUUCUCUCAGGCCCAGAGACCUGGAACCAGUGGCUCCCAGAAUGGAGAAGAAGGUGGAGCUUGGCCAAACAACCAGUUUGAUACAGAAAUGCUUCAAGCCAUGAUUCUGGCAUCAGCAAAUGAAGCAGCUGAUGGGAACUCUACAUUGGGAGGAGGAGCCGGCACUAUGGGCCUCAGUACCAGGUAUGGCCCCCAGUUCACACUGCAGCACGUCCCUGACUACAGGCAGAAUGUGUACAUCCCCGGCAGCACUGCAACCCUCUCCAACUCCUCAGGUAAACGAGAUGGGAAGAGCUCAGGCUCUUCAGGUGGAAACAAGAAGAAGUCUGGGAAGAAGGAGAAGAAGUAGAAUUGACAGACCAUCAACAGCUUAGACCAACAGGGCAGACCCCUCCAGCACUCCCCCAAAUCACAGCUUAGGAUAGAGGAUGAAUGUGAAUUUUGUGAUGAAAAAGCAGGAAAUACAACGAAUGUAUGUCAUCAUCAGAGCUAGGAGUAGGGGCUCCUACUAUUAGUCCUCAUGAUGAAAAAUAAUUGGAAACAAAACAAAACAAAAACCAAGUGCCCUGUUAAUACUAACUAAUAUUUUAUACUAUCACUUGGGUAAUUUAAUGUGCAAGGAUGUAAAACCUUUUAAACAUGUCUUUGGAUUUGGUUUGCUCCAGAAUGGUCCAAGAAAGCCAUGAGGCUUGUACUUGGCUUUGCCCAGUGUAAAUAAUUGUAACAUGGAUUUUUUUUUUAUUUAUAUACCUUAGAUCAUUUAAAAAAAAAAGUUCCCCAGAUUAGAACCCAUGUUCCAGAUUUUGAUAUUUAAUUUUCCAUUAGUGAAUCUGACCCUGAGUAACCUUGAAAUGGAUUCCUAGUUACGAAGUUGGUAGGGAGUGCUUCAGUUCCUGUUUACCUAUUAUCCUAAAUGAAAUAAGUGUUUACACUGCAUGAGCCUAUGGGAAUAAGGCUAAGAUGCAUUUUAAACAUUUUUUUUUAAGUGUGACCAGUGAUGGCCUGAAAUAUGAAACAAAAAUCAUGAUGUCUGAGAGACAGGGAAUGCAUUCAAACUGCAGUGGAAAAGAUCUAAGUGCAGAGCAUGCCACUAGCAUUAUUGAGCUAUACAAAACCUGUCCCAUAUUGAUUUAGAGGCCACUAAAGAGCAAAUUCAUCUCCUCAAUUCUUUGCAGUAAAUAUUUAUAUGUACAGUUAAUGUUUUCCUGGAACUAAAGUUAAGAAAGUCUAAGUCCCCUGUUGUGAGAACAAGGAGCUGCAGCUCCUUAAAGCAAUGAAAUAACUAAGUCCAUACCAAGGAAUGAUAUUAUCAGAGAAUAAACUCUGAUCUAUUUGUAUGGAAUAGAGACUGAAUGCUUCACAUUUCUGCACAUUGAACUGCAUGCAAAAUACUCACCUCACAUCUACAGUAGGACAGCUAACUCCACCAGAUCUAGGGAAGUCAUCAUUGCAUGCAUGUACAGCAUGGUGUAAAUACACUGUCAGAUAAGUGAGUCUCAGUGCAGGCCAAGCAGUGUCUAUCUGGGAGUGGGGUUCAGUAAUAAGUGGCACAAUGUGUUAUAAAGAGUCAUUGCUCUGGCCUAGAGCAGUGAUAAGAUUUGCACAUUCCAUGUCUAUGCAGAGCAGCCAAGGAACAGCCUUUGUUCAUUGGCCUUCAGAACUGGAUACUCAGUAACUGACAGUUGAUUUGAUGAGACCAAGGGACCAUACUCACAGAUAAGGGAACCAAGAACUGGAGCUGAGCACAUGCCACUCACUGCAAAGCCAGUGAGCCUGAGAGCUUCUCUGGAAAUGCUCACAGGAAGGCCCAGGUCAGUCAGGUGACUAAGAGGUAGGAUUCUGAUACCGUGAAGGAUACUGCCGGACCACACACUCAUUCCAGCCCAGACUCUAACUGUACACAAGCAAUUAGAUGUGACUCAAAAUCCACUGGGUUUAGUCAGAAAUGUGGACAAGACUUUGCCUUGUUGUUCGUACCACUGGUAUUGGGAUUUUUACCACAUUGAUAGAAUAGGAUUGUCAGGAAGUAGGGUCUCUCCACUAUGUACCCUUUGUAGCUAUGUACUCUGCUCACUGUUGGUCCAGACACAGCAAAGAGAGAGUGUGCAAUGUGCCCUUAGCAUCAAGUCAGCUUGGCAUUGAGUCCCCACAAGCACCUAGUCAGUGAGGAAGGCUGUAUUGUACCCUUAAGCCCCUCUUCAGCUAGAGAAGGGGGGUGCCCUUUACACUGGGCUGGCUUCCCAUAUCAAAGUAAGUGGGACGGACCUGGGAAGGCAAGGACAAAGAUACAGGGAUAGCGAUGCCAGGAUUGUUUUAACUUCUAAUGAAUAACUCACCUGAGAAGAUCCAGCCUUCUAUGAUCACUCAGGUUAAACUUUCUCCAAGCAGCCAGUGUGCUUGCCUGGCCUGACGCAGCCCAGCCUCCGGCAGUAUUCACCAGAGCAUUGUGCACUAACUGAUGCCUCGUUAGCCAAUUGCUAUCUCCUUGUGUCUAGAGAAACAGAACUUGUCUAUGCGAAGAACUUGUCUGUGUAUGAUUUUUGUACUGAUCCCAGUCACCCUCUGCGGUGGCUGCACUAGAAACAGUUUACACAGUUAGUAAGGCUUAUACAAACUAAUGUAGUUAUUAUGUGACCCUUCUAGAAGUACUGUAGAUGAAUUGUAGUGUUUAUAUUUCCUUUUAAUCAGCAAUCUGAGGUAGUGUAGAGAGUGUUUUGUACUAGUGGUGUGUUAUUUUUAUCUCAGUAAAUAACUUGUGGACAUCAGUAUUUUCAAUUUCUCUUUAUCUUCUUUCUGUGUGAUCUGUGCUCUAAGUGUAUGUGAACUGAAACACACUUGUCCUUUCAAUGUGUCUAAUAUUGACUUAUACUUAUAUAUUAUAUAAAUGCUUAUAUCCUUCUUAUAUCCAUAUAGACCAAUGUUCAAUGUGCUACACGCAAGUUUUAUACUCUAAUAUUUAUAUUGCUUUUUUUCUUUGGGAAAAAAUAAUAAAAUGGUUUCUUCUGAAUUGAU